CUCGAAGCCGCAAUGGCCCCAGACACCUCUUCCGUGCCAGGGAGUCCUUCCUCACCGCAAUCCCCCGUCGAGAAACCGUCCGCUCCGCCCAUCAACAUCCUCCCCUCGCCAACAGCCCGCAUCUACUCAUUUGCGCACCCAGCACUCCUUCUGGCAUUGGGCGCUACUCGUUUCGAAGCCUUAGUGGCUGAUCCCACCAAAGAGCUCCUAGCCACCUUACCAUGGCUCACACUUAUACAACUCUCCUACGUGAUUCUUUGUCUUCCGCCCGCUGGCUCGACGACAGAGACAGGCGCGUCCACAGCGGAUAACAAGUCAAGCCCUCGGACGCCUGGGCUAGGUGGUGCCGCGCGCCAUGGAAAACAUGGAAAGCGGAAGCAGCAUGCCAACAGCUGGGCAUGUAUUUGGUCCCGAUCACUACCGGCUUUCCUAUCGCUCUCCCUGACCUUCGCCCUGGCCACACCGGUUCUGACCGUUCUCCUGGUUCUAUUCGGCGCACCGCUGACAACGCAUAAUUUCGAGACCAUCCUGUGUGCGGCUCACAUGGCCGUUCUGUCUGCGACUGCCCUGGUUUAUGUCCAUGGGGUGGAUCGUGCCGUGUGGAAUGAGGUUUGGGGUAUCAAUCGUCCCGCCGAUGCGGUUUGGGGUGGCGCGCUCGGCACGGGCUUGGGAGCUUGGUUUGGUGCCAUUCCCAUUCCUCUUGACUGGGACCGACCUUGGCAGGCAUUCCCAAUUACGAUUCUUGUUGGAGCUUAUAUUGGCUUUGCUGUUGGCUCUUUGCUUUCUCGUACUCCGUUGGUGUUUGGCAAGCGGGUCCAAUUCACCUCCGAGGACGUCAGCGAGACUGAAAAGAAGACGAACUGA